AUGGUCGAGUCAUCCAAGAUGAAGUGCCUCGGAGCAGACUGCGAAAACGAUGCUGGAACGUUACAGUGCCCAACUUGCCUGAAGGUGGGCUUGAACGACAGCUAUUUUUGCACUCAAGAUUGCUUCAAGAGAAAUUGGAACCAACAUAAGACGGUACACAAGAUAGCACAAGGCAAGACACAAAAUGGUACCCUCCACAACAUCAUUCCCCCCUCCCCAAAGGUUGUCUCUAAAUGCAAUGAAGUUGCUCGAUUUUACAAUCCUUUCCCAUCUUAUGCCUUCACUGGCUCCGUCCGACCUGUCUAUCCGCUCUCUCCGAUGCGAACCGUGCCCAAGUCGAUACCGCACCCGGACUGGUCUGUGACUGGCAUCCCAAAGGCCGAACGACGCUUGAAUAGGUCAAAAAUCGACUUGCUAGACGCCAAAGGACAGGAAGCAAUGCGCAAGGUUUGUAGAUUAGCUCGAGAAGUACUUGACAUAGUCGCCGCAGAGCUCAAGCCAGGCAUUACCACGGAUUAUCUCGACGAGGUCUGCCACAACGCCUGUGUAGAACGGAAAUCGUAUCCUUCUCCCUUGAAUUACAAUCACUUCCCUAAAUCAUUGUGUACUUCUCCGAAUGAAGUUGUUUGUCACGGAAUACCCGAUCAGCGGAUCCUUCUGGAUGGUGAUAUCCUAAAUCUCGACAUCUCACUAUACCACGAGGGCUAUCACGCCGAUCUAAACGAAACGUAUUAUGUAGGGGAUCGAGCCAAGACGGACCCCGACUCGGUCAGAGUAGUGGAGACGACUCGAGAAUGCUUAGACAUGGCAAUUGCACUCGUCAAGCCCGGUACACCAAUACGAGAUUUUGGUGCCGUCAUCGAGAAGCAUGCCAAAUCCAGAAACUGCACUGUAGUCGCGACCUGGGGUGGCCAUGGCAUCAACACCGAGUUCCACCCCCCGCCGUGGAUACCUCACUAUGCUAAGAACAAGGCAGUUGGGGUGUGCAAACCCGGAAUGACCUUCACCAUUGAGCCCAUACUCGCGCUGGGCAAAUCUCGGGAAGUGUACUGGCCAGAUAACUGGACAAACGUCACUGUGGAUGGUAAACGGACUGCUCAAUUUGAGCACACCAUGUUGGUCACUGAAACAGGCGUCGAGGUCUUGACCGCAAGAAAAGAAAAUUCUCCAGGCGGCCCAAUACCAAUGCCGGCGACUCCAAACGACACAGCAAAGACCAAUGGCGCAACCCACGCAUAG